AUGGAAGAAGCUGUGGCAGGCGAACCACUGGAGAGGAAAUUAUCCGCCCUUGAAGAGCUCAUACAGUCUCCUGGCCACCUCAGAGUUAAUGUCCAAGGCGCGUUUAUUGCGGACGAAAUCAGCUGGCUAGAUGGAACCCGACAUGAUAUCAGUGAUAUCAGAUUGCCUCGUCACACUUCUGUGGUCAGCCACGUGGCCUUGGACAUUGGCGGUUCGCUGGCGAAACUGGUUUAUUUCUCGAGGGAGCCAAAUUCCAAAGAAUUGGGUGGCAGGCUCAGCUUUGUCAAGUUUGAGACCGAUCGAAUUAAUCAAUGCUUCGAAUUCAUCAAGCAGCUCAAAUCCAAGCAAACCGCGCUCAAUGGCUCGAAGCCCAACGAAUUGGUCAUCAUUGCCACUGGAGGCGGAGCUUUCAAGUACUAUGACGAGAUGAAAGCGAUUCUCGGUCUGGAAGUGUUACGAGAAGACGAAAUGGAGUGUUUGAUCAUGGGUCUCGAUUUCUUCAUUACAGAAAUACCGCAGGAAGUCUUCACCUAUAGCGAGGCAGAUCCCAUGCCAUUUCAGCAGCCCCGAACUGACAUCUAUCCAUAUCUGCUGGUCAACAUUGGAUCAGGUGUAUCUAUGAUUAAAGUCUCUGGUCCUAGGCAAUACGAACGUAUCGGUGGAACCUCUCUUGGAGGCGGUACGCUCUGGGGCUUGCUCUCAUUGAUGACAGGCGCAAGGACGUUCGAUGAUAUGCUAGCUCUAGCGGAUAAGGGCGAUAAUACCAAGGUCGACAUGCUGGUAGGAGACAUUUACGGCUCAGACUAUAGUAAAAUCGGCCUAGCGACCAAUGUCAUCGCGAGUAGUUUUGGGAAAGUCUUUAGGAAGAAGAGGGAGGGAGAGAAAGCAGCCGAAGAUGGAAAUGGUAUGUCUAACGGCGACAGGGCUGACGUUGAAGGUAAUGAUAAGCUGGAUUUGGCAUUCGCUCCCGAGGAUAUCAGCCUAAGCUUGCUCUACACGGUAAGCAAUAAUAUAGGUCAGAUCGCAUACCUCUUCUCCGAAAAACAUCAGCUCGAGAACAUAUAUUUUGGAGGCUCCUUCAUUCGUGGGCAUCGCCAAACCAUCAACUCGCUCACAUUUGCCGUGAAAUUUUGGUCCGGAGGAAAGAAAAAGGCUUUUUUCCUCCGCCACGAGGGAUAUCUUGGAUCCGUAGGCGCUUUUCUGAAAAGACAACCUAAGAACUGGGGUCGGAGAAAUAGCUUCGAGGAGAGAUUCGGCUCUUAG